GCAACUUCUGUGAUGUCACCAGUGUUGUAGUGACAACAAACUCACUGAGAUUUCUCAGUCAGAGGCUGGACAUUGCAGUGAUGGCCUUGUUUGCCCGACUCUGCAGACUUUUUCAGAGAGCCAAUGUGGAUGGGAGAGAGACCAGAGAGGGGAGGAAGGAUGCUGACCUUCCAUCUGAGAGUAAUGAAGGACGAAGGAGGGGGACUUGGCGAAUGUGCAUGGCUCUCAGACAGACAUCAUCCCCUGUACCUGUCAUAAGCAAGAAGCAGUUUGAGAAGGAAGAGAAAAAGCUGAUCAAAGAGAUCCAGCUCACUAUGGAGGAGACAAAUGAGCUGAGAGAUCGCCUGAUCUACGUGACCGAGGGAUCCAUGAACAAGAGUAACCUGCACAGCCGGCUCCUGAUGGAGGAGAAUCUUAUAAAGAAGAAGUUGAUGCCAUUGCAGCAGGAGAGCAAGGAAGUACAGGCUGAUUGGGCCAUCAUUCACCAACGUUUGGUGGAAUUGAACCUGAGUGGUAAAGACGAACAGGAGGAGAACAGCAAUCUUGAGACUCCAGAAUAUCAGGUCUCAGAAACUGCAAGAGAGCUGGGAUUGGCCACAGCUGAAGAAGACAGCAUCCUGCAGAAUGAGUUGCCAGGCCAGGAGGCCCCUGCUGAGCACCAUCUCCAGCACCCACAAUCUUCCUCGGAUGAAUCUUCUUCCAUAUAAUUCAUUUUCUUAGGGUGAAUAGGCCUUUACUAGGAAGCCAUGGCUGAUCCAGUGCGUUGUUCCCUUUUCUCUUCAGACAACGUCUCUUGGCAGAGAACUGAGGCGGCUGCACUGAUACCUAGUGUCCAAGAGGAGCAGCAGGCUGGAGGGCUGUGCUGCUAAAUGUGCAGAAAGCGAAAGCAGCUGAACAAUAAUUUUCCUUUAGAUUUUUCGUUUAAGUUUUUAUUUUUGUUCUUUGAGUUAUUGUUAUGUUAUUUAGAAGUUACAUGUUCUUGUUCUUGUAUUUCAUUGUUUGUUUUUGCCUUUAUCUCUAUAUUAAUUGAACUUUUAAGACCUAUUUUUUAAAAAUUCUA